AUGUUGGUGCUUCCUCUGGCUGCCGCGCAGUGCUCGGGCGUGUCCAAGACCAGCAACCAGAAGCUGGCCUCGGGAUACACGUCGAGUGUCUUGGUUACGGGUCUGCGCACGCCGCGCGGCAUCGCCAUGGACCCGGCGGGCAACCUCCUGGUCGCCGAGCAGCAGGGCGGCACCGUGCGGCGGCUGACCCUUAAGGACCAGGGCAGCACCGUCUGCGUCGACACCAACAAGGUCCUGAUCUCGGAAAGCACCAGCAACCACGGCGUGGCCGUCGCGGCCGACGGCAAGACCAUCUUCGUGUCCAACCUGCAGAAGGUGACGGCGUACCCGUACGACGCCGCCGCCGGCACGGUAGGGACGGGCAAGACGGUCAUCACCAACAUGCAGAACAACGGGCCGCACCCGACGCGGGCGCUGAUGACGUCCAAGUUCAGCCCGGACACGCUGCUCGUGGCCAUCGGGUCGGCGGCCAACGUGGACACGGCGGCGACGGCGCAGACGGCCGGGCGCAGCAUGAUCAAGGCGUUCAGCAUCAGCAAGAUCAGCGCCGCGUCGGUGGCGUACGCGACCGGCGGCGAGGUGCUGGGCUGGGGACUGCGCAACAUCGUCGGCAUGGGCGAGCACCCCGUCAGCGGCGGCGUGUGGUCGGUCGAGAACUCCAUGGACGACAUCCGGCUCGGCGGCAAGGACGUGCACAACGAGAACCCGGCCGAGAAGGCCAACUUCCACGGCGCGCUCAACGACACGGCCAACAAGCUGCGCGGCGCCAAUUACGGCUACCCGGGGUGCGUGGCGGCGUGGGACACGGGCUUGCUCGGCCAGAGCGCGCUGGCCGUCGGCAGCCUGUUCUCGCCCGACGGCGUGCCCAAGGCCAGCGACUGCGCGACGCGCCAGCAGGCCCGCAUCCACUUCCCGUCGCACACGGCGCCGCUCGACAUCAAGUGGACGCCCGACGGGGCCGCGGCGUACGUCAGCUUCCACGGCUCGUGGGACCGCAGCCCGCCCGACGGCUACCGCGUCAUGAAGGUCGCCUUUGGGCCCGACGGCCAGCCCGUCGCGCCGCUCACCAGCCGCUCCGCCGCCACCACCGUCAUGGAGAACCCCAGCACCGGCUCGUGCCCCAACGGCUGCUUCCGCCCCGUCGGCCUGGCGUUCGAUGCCAAGCGCCGCCUGUUUGUGUCGAGCGACAGUACGGGCGAGAUCCACGUUAUUUACGGCGCCUAG